ACAACCAUAUUGGUCGUUGCCAUCAGGAGAUGGUUGUUCAUGGGUCGGACAUAAAUUUGAAGCCCCAGAAGUAAAGUGGGACAACAUCCGCCCCUUCUCCUGGAAUCCAACUCUGCAAUGGCUGCCAAGCCAGGUGGGCCGUCCACUUGGGUUCUCAGGUUCCCUUCGCCGCUGGAACCAGGGGUCCAAAUCAGCGUUGAGAUGGAGGAGAGCUCCCCUCCUGUUGGGACCCUCAAGGAGAUCCUGAAGCGCUCGCGGUCCCGGAAAGACAGGAUGGAUCCUAAUGAAGCAGGCGUGAGGCCCCAGUGUUGGGAAGUGCGUCAACAGGUGCUCCUGCCCACGCCGGAGGACAAGGAGUCUGGCACAAAAACGCCUGAGGAGACACUGGAGGACGACAUUGAGACCUGCGUGGUCUCUUUUGAAAACGUCUCUGACGCCAAAGAAGAGAGAGGGACGAAAACUGAAGUGAUGGUUGGGACCGAUUGUGUGAUUACUAUUGAAGAAGAGGUUGACCCCGAAGGGCAGGAAUCUCCAAAAACUGGGGUUGUAUCCGAGGACGUUAUUGAGGCCUGUGUGAUAUCUCCUCAAGAAGAAGCUGAUCCCCAAAAAGAGGACAAGGAGGAGGAGACCCAAGUUAGGGUCAUAGAUGGAGGAAGUAUUGAGGACUUCAUGGAGACCCUAGAGGACACAGGCCUCCCCACAGUAGAAAAGGCCAUCCAAACUGAAAUGACGCAGAAGGACAUCUCUAAGGACUGUGAGGCCUGUGUCCAGAAAGCAGUAGACUCCAAGGAAGAAGAGUUGACAGAACAUGAGGGGGCAUCAGAGGAGAAUAAGGCCAGUGUGGCUUCCCCAGAGAAACAAGGGGACCUUAAAGGUGAAGGAGUGACGCAACUUGAGAGAGAAAGAGAAGAGGUUUGUAACAAGACAGAAACUGACGGCAAAGGAGAUGAUGGGAAAGCUCAGGCAGCCAUCUUGGAAGAAGGUGGCAUCGUCAUAGAGACCGCCCGCCAGGGUUUCCGGUGGUUCCGCUACCAAGAAGCUGAGGGCCCACGGAAUGCUUACGGGCAACUCCGGGAACUUUGCCGCCUCUGGCUGAAGCCGGAGAGCCGCAGCAAGGAGCAGAUUCUGGAGCUCCUGGUACUGGAGCAAUUUUUGGCCAUUUUGCCUCAAGAGAUACAGAGCUGGGUGUGGCAGCAGCACCCAGAGUCGUGCGCGCAGGCUGUCGACCUGGUGGAAAACUUCCUGACGGGACUUUCUCUGCUUGAGAGGCACGGGAAAAAGGCACUGGUGACUUUCGAAGAGGUAGCUGUGUAUUUCUCCGAGGAAGAGUGGAGACUCCUGGAUGAAACCCAGCGGCAGAUCUACCGAGAGAUCAUGCUCGAGAAUUAUGGGAAAGUCCGGUCGCUGGGAUUUCCAAUUCGCAAGCCAGAUCUGAUCUUCAAGAUGGAGGACGGCAAGAACCAAGAGCCACGUUUGCGAGACCCUCAGGAUGCUGCAGAAAGGGCUCCCCCGAGAGCUGUCGGAGAUGCUGAGCUCUCAAGUGAGUCUGACUGCGAGGAGCUGGCAAGCUGGAAGGAAGAGGAGGCGGCUGACGUCCUGCCGGCAGGGGUGAGAUCCCUGAGCCCCAUCGAGGCCUGGGACGCGGCUGUCAAAAGCAAUCCCCCCAGCCAGGACGGGAACAGGCCCCGCUGGCAUCGGGCUGAGCCACGCUUUGCGUGCUCCGACUGUGGCAAGACUUUCCCCUGGCAGUCGGCCUUGGCGCGGCACCAGCUCUCGCACUCCGGCGAGAAGCCUUACCGGUGCUCGGACUGUCCCAAGAGCUUCGCCCAACGCUCCAAGCUGGCCCGGCACCGACGCCUCCACACCGGGGAGCCCUCCUGCGAGUGCCCUGAAUGCGGCAAGCGCUUCUGUGACCGCUACAAGCUGGCCCGGCACCAGAAGAUCCACUCUGGGGAACGACCCUACCGCUGCGAUAUCUGCGGCCGCGGCUUCUGCCUCAGCUCCAACCUGCGGCAGCAUCGGCGGGUGCACACAGGGGAGCGCCCCCACGGCUGCCCUGAGUGCGGGAGGCGCUUCAGUCGCCGCUCCAACCUCAUCCAGCACCUCCGGGUUCACCAGCUGCAGUGGCAGCAGCAAGGAGGGCCGGGUGUGGGGCUUCCUCUCGGGGACACCGAUCUUGGACCGGGUUCUGACCUCUGCGAGGAGGAGUGGGAAUACGAGUGGAUUGCGGACACCCAGGACGGGGAGCGGGCAGGGGAGCUCCACGCUGGGACCGAUGAGGGCGAACCGAUUUCAGAGCUCCUCGCUAGGCCGGAUCAUGAAGGCGAGGAGAUCCUGGAGCUCCGUGUCGGGGAUUACGAACAUGGGUGGAGCACGGAGAUCAAUGGCGGAGACCCCACGCGCGAUGAAAUGACGGAGCUCCAACCUGGGAACCGUGAGCACAAGAAUUUGGAGCUCUGUUCUGGGAAUCUCGAGACUGAAGAGAUAGUGGAGCUCCGUGUUGGGGAUGGUGAUGAACAAGGGUGGAUUGAGGAGUUUGAUGGCGAGGAUGACGACUGCUUGCUUGUUGGCGAUGGGGAGUCUCUCCACCCUGCCAGCCGUGGGAAUUGUCCCAGCCCAAACCUCCAGUCUGCCAAUCAAGCCCUCCUAGCGGGGAAUGAGUUCCCCCGGUGCUCCGACUGUGGACGGACGUUCACCCGGAAUUCCAGCCUUUCCCGGCACCAGCUGAUCCACACCACGGAGCAUCCCCACGCGUGCCGGGAAUGCUGCCGCUCCUUCAGCUUGCCCAGCCUGCUGGCCCAACACCGGCUCAUGCAUGCCUCGGGCCAGCCCCACCCGUGUCCCGAUUGCCCCAAAAGCUUCAGCCACCGCUCGAAGCUGGUGCGCCAUCAGCGCAUCCACACGGGUGAGCGCCCCUUCCAAUGCGACGAAUGCGGCAAAAGCUACAGAGACAGUUCGACCCUCCUGCGGCACCAGCGCGUCCACGGCAAGCCCCAGGAGUUGGGGUUUCCUCCCCCACAAGAUACCUCCCCCUCCUCCCCCGACCCCGUGGUGGUGAUCUUACAGGUGUGCGCUGCUCUGGCCAUGGCUUCCUCCAUGCUAUUUGAGGAUCUGACCCCAGAUUUCUCCUGCCCCGUCUGCCUGGAAUGGUUCUGGGAGCCGGUCGCCCUCCCUUGCGGACACCUCUACUGCCAGGCCUGCAUUGAGACGGCAUGGGGGCCCCACAGCAGCAAGCCCAUCUGUCCUCAGUGCCGGGAGCAAUUCUCGGAGAAGAGGUACGCCCCCUGCAAGCUCCUGGGGACCCUGAUUUGCCGAAUCCGAGGAAUGCAUCCUGGGGAGGCUGAGGAGGGGCGCCGCAGCGGAGCUGACUCCAGAGAAUCCGGGCUGCGCCAGGAUCGCACCCGGCUCCCCCUCCACGAGGCUACGAAGUGCUAUAAGGAGGAGCUGUCUUUGGCUAUUUCUCAGAUGGAGUCUCACCUGAGCAACACCUCCAUGCUUAGAAGGGAGGAAGAAGAGAAGCUCCAGAACUCUCAGGCUAUUAUGCUCAGCCUGGGAGACCAUGUCUCUGCUGAAUUUAGGCAGCUCCAUCGCUUCCUCCAUGCCCGUGAGAAGGCAUGCAAGGCGAAGUUGGAGAAGGAAGGGGGAGCCCUGCUCCGGGAGACAGAGGAGAGGCUGAGAAUGCUGAAGGGGUCUUGCCAGGAGGGCCAGGAGUUGAUGUUGGAAGCACAAGCUCAUCUGGAGCUCCCGGACUCUGCAGAGUUCCUAACGGGAAUACGGUCUCUCCUGAACCGGAUCAAGAAACUAAUUAAGCUGCACUCUAGCAAAGAAUAUAAGCAAACAUGUGGCAGCAACUGGAAUGGCUCUCCAGAUGCCAAUGGGGUGUUAGAUGGGGAGAGUAAUCUGCAUUUUGCUCUAGACGAGGAUGGUGACCACGAUUUGUCUUCCGACUUGGAUGGUGACAUCAGCCAAGACAUGGAUGGACACUCCGAUCAUGCUUUUGACCCAGACAUGGAAGAAAACCCAAAUGUCUCUCCAAAAAUGGAGGGAGAAACAGAUGAGAUUUCCAGUGAGGAGAUUGAUAUAGAAAUGGAUGAGGUCAAUGAAGACUUUGAUUCUGAUGGUGAUGGAGAAGACAACAGUCUCCAUCUGGAUGCCAGUGAUGGUGAUGUCGGCCCUGGUCAACUGGAUGUCAACUCUUCCCGCCGAACUGCCUCGUCCAUUUUCCCUUCUGUACCUAACAAACCCUACAGAUGCCCUGAAUGUGGGAAAUGUUUUGGCACCAGCUCUAUCCUGGGCCAGCAUCGCCGCAUCCAUAGCGGUGAGAAGCCCUAUAAGUGCGGCGUAUGUGGCAAAUGCUUCACCCGGGGUUCCACCUUCCUCCAGCACCAGCGUACACACACGGGCGAGAAGCCGUACAAGUGCCCGGAUUGUGGCAGGUGCUUUGGUCGGAGCUCCAACCUUAUUCAGCACCAGCGGGUUCACACAGGCGAGAAGCCCUACCAAUGUAGCAUCUGUGGAAAGUCUUUCUCUCUCAGCUCCACCCUUAUCCAGCAUCAGAUUAUCCAUACUGGCGAAAAACCGUACAAAUGCCCCGACUGUGGUAAGUGCUUCAAUCGCAACUCCAACUUGCUCAAUCACCGGCGAGUGCACACAGGAGAACGCCCCUUUGCCUGUCGCAUCUGCGGCAAGAGAUUUUCUGAAAACUCCUCCCUCACCCAGCACCAGCGGACACACACUGGGGAGCGUCCUUUCCGGUGCAAUGACUGUGGCAAAUCGUUUUCCCUUAGCUCAACUCUGAUCCAGCACCAUGUCACCCACACUGGGGAGAAACCUUAUGAGUGCCCGGAUUGCGGCAAGGCCUUUGGGCUCAGUUCUACCCUGUUGCGCCACCAGCGGCUCCACACUGGGGAGAAGCCGUUUGAGUGCCAGGACUGCGGCAAAACCUUUGGCGUUAGUUCACACUUUUUGCAACAUCGACGGGUCCACACAGGGGAAUGCCCGUUUCAGUGUCCAGAUUGCGGCCGUACCUUUAGCCAGAGGGCACAUCUGGUGCUACACGAGAAGGUUCACCAGGAUGGGUUGGCCUCACAGCGUCUUCGCCAAACACUCUAUAUUUGCAGCAACUGCGGCAAGAGUUUCCAGCAGAGCUCACACCUGGUGCAACAUCAGAGGGUCCACACGGGCGAUAGGCCGUACCGAUGUGAGGAUUGUGGGCAUGGCUUUUCCCAGAGCUCCAAACUGCUGGAGCACCAGCGGAUUCACACUGGCGAGAGGCCAUACCCCUGUAAAGACUGUGGGCGCCGGUUUGGGCACAGCUCAGCGCUUUCGCAGCACCAGCGCAUUCACACUGGAGAGAGGCCCUACAAGUGCACCGACUGCGGCAAGUCCUUCACCCAGAGCUCCCACCUGGUCCAGCACCGGCGGACGCACACCGGCGAGAAGCCCUACGUCUGCAGCGAUUGCGGCAAGGCCUUUUCCUGGAGCUCCAACCUGGCCCAGCACCAGCGCACCCACACCGGCGAGAAGCCCUACGUCUGCCGGGAGUGCGGCAAGGCCUUCUCCCAGAGCACCAACCUCAUCAAGCACCAGCGCAGCCACACGGGCGAGAAGCCCUACCGCUGCCCCGAGUGCCCCAAGAGCUUCUACCGCUCCUCGGACCUCAUCCAGCACCAGAUCACCCACACCGGCGAACGGCCCUUCAAGUGCGAGGAGUGCGGCAAGGGCUUCACCCAGAGCGCCAACCUGGUCAAGCACCGCAAGAUCCACGCCGGGGAGAAGCCCUUCCGGUGCAACGACUGCGGCAAGACCUUCAUCCAGAGCUCGGAGCUGAUCCAGCACCAGCGCACCCACUCGGGCGAGAAGCCCUACCAGUGCCAGGAGUGCGGCAAGCGCUUCGGCCACGGCGCCACCCUCGUCAAGCACCAGCGGCUCCACAUGGGGGUGGAGCCCUACCGCUGCGCCGACUGCGGCAAGACCUUUGGCCUCAGCUCGGCGCUGGAGCGCCACCGGCGGUGCCACAGUGAGAGCCGCCCGUACGCCUGUGCCGAGUGCGGACAGAGCUUCUCCUUGGCCUCCAACCUCACCCUGCAUUCUCGCAUCCACCGGGGCGAGAAGCCCUACCGCUGCGCCGACUGUGGCAAGUGCUUCGGCAUGAGCUCCACCCUCAUCCGCCACCAGCGCAUCCACACGGGCGAGAAGCCCUACGCCUGCCUCGACUGCGGCAAGGCCUUUGUCCGCAGCUCUCACCUCACCCAGCACCGCCGGACGCACACGGGCGAGCGGCCCUACCACUGCGAGGAGUGCGGCCGGCGCUUCUCCCAGAGCUCCAACCUCAUCACACACCAGCGCAUCCACAUGGAGGAGCGCCCCCACGUCUGCCACGGCUGUGGGCGGCGCUUCGCCCAGGAAGAGGAGCUGCAGCGCCACCAGCAGGAGGAGGGCGGGAAGUGCAGUGGCGGCAAAGGGGAGACCAAUGAGUCAGAAGGCCACGCCUCCCGUGGGGGUGACGUGUGUGAGGAGGGUGGCGAGGAUGGACACGUGACACCCCCUUGCCAGGAGAGCAGCGCACCACGCGCCAGACGUGGCCCGGACUGCGGUGAUGAACUGGAGGAGAAUCAAACGAGCCACGUUGCCCACCUCUGCAUCAUAUGCGGGCAGGGUUUCCCAGACGGCGCGGCGUUGGCACGGCAUCGAGAGAGCCACACCUCUUUCAUCUGCACCGAGUGUGGGAGAAGCUUCGGGGAGGCCACCGCCUUGGCCUGCCACCAGGAGAACCACGAAUCUUGGAUCUGUGGCAUUUGUGGGCAGGACUGCAAGGAUAGCUUGGCCCUGCUGCAGCACGAGGAAACCCACUCGCGGCGCGGCCGUGGUGCGUUUGGAGAGGGCUCUGUCGACAGCAAGGCACCUGUGCGGCACGAGGAGGGCCGGACGCGCAAGGAGAAUUCGAAACGUCUGUUUGUCCAGGAAUCCCCCAAGUCUCUUGCCUGCAUGGAUCCCAGGGAGGGCUUCGCGGUCGGGAGCGUCCUCAUGCCGCAGCAGGAAGCGCAAGCGACGUGGGCCUGUCUGGAGUGCGGGGAAAGGUGCAAGGAUAGUUCGGCACUUGCGAGUCACCAGCAGAGCCACCGGAGGCCUGGCGCCUGCUCCGAAUGCGGGCAGGCUUUCGCCGACAGCGCAGCCCUCAGCCGGCACCAGGUCACCCACACGCAGGAGAAGCUGUACCAAUGUCCCGAGUGUGAACAGAGCCUGAGGAGCAUCUCGGGUCUCGCGCGGCAUCAGAGAGAGUGCCUUGGCGGGAAGCCGCUCCGACGCGUGGGGUGCGGGCAGGCCUUUGCAGACGUCGCAGCCCUGACGCUCCACCAGAACAGCCACGUGGAAGGCGAAACACACGGAUGCUCGGGAUCUGGAGAAGCUUUUACGGUCGGCUUGGAUCUCGCCGUACAUCCGAGGAAUCCCCAGGAGGGCCCCCCGGACACGUGCGCUGUUGCACCCCAGAAAAUCUCCCCCAGAGACAAGGCCUCUGACGAAAACCCGGUCUCUAGCUCGCAUCGGAGCGUCCCACUGGAGGAUCGUUUGCUUAGGCGUGGCUCGGGUCUUGCUGCACACCAGGGAAUCCACUCAGAAGACAAGACCCUCGACAGAGCACCUCAGAGAACCCCUGAGGAAGAGGAGCCCCCCUCCUGUGGGCUCCUCCAGGGCAGCUCGGCUCUCGCCUCACAUCAGCAAGCCCGCCUUGAAGAGGAGCCGGGGAGUGCCGCCAUCGCUGCACCCCAGAAAAGAACCUCCGCUGCGGACAGGCCUGCUCCGGCUUCCACCGAAAUGGCCGCCCUCAUCCGGCACCCCAGCACCAAGCCCUACAAGUGCCGCGGCUGUGAGCAAAGCUUUGCGGAUGCCGCCAGCUUGUCCCGCCACCAGAUUGGCCACGUGAAGGCACAGUUGCUGAAGUGCCUGGAGUGUGGGAGGGGCUUCCCGGAGAGGCUGGCCCUGAUCCGACACCAGAGAGAGCACACGGCAGAGAAGACCAGGAGCGCGCGGCAGCGGCCGCCGCCCAAGAACAACCACGGCAAGGAGAGAGACUGUAGGAACCCUCUGGAAUUUGGCGAGAGUUUCACCGAGAUCUCGGCCAUCCUUUUGCAGAGGGGGAAUCGCGUUUCGGAAAGGGGCUUGCCACAGCGGCCCAAGGACCACGGGGCGGACGGGAAGCGAAGCUCGGGCGAUACGCUGGAGACCACGGAGCCCUAUUUUCACCUCGAUUUGAGGAAGAAACCCGGCGCCGGCAGUGUGCUGAUGCCGCAGGAUAAGGGCAGAUAUUUUGUGCAUUCUGAGCCUGGGAAAAUCUCUAGGAACAGCUCAAUAUUGCUGCAGCACCUGCAGAACCACACGGCGGAGAAACCGUGACCUGCUGGGCAUUGUGGGACGUGUCAGUUCCAGAGAGGCGGCCAGGGUGACCUGUGAGGUUCGGCCUCCUUUUGCUUCCCUCCCAAUGCUCAGGGCCAUACAUUGGGAGGGGGAGCUCAACAUAAUUGGGGCUUUUGGGUCUGCCAAGGAUAACAGACGUGCCCUAGGCGGAGAGAAGAUACUGCGGACGUUAUUGUUAGGGUGGGGUGUGUGCAGACGGGCAGAAUUGAAGCGGUGUGUGUGUGUGUUGUAGCAAAUGAUGCAGGAUUAGAAACCCUACUUUCUUUACCAGCAAAACACAGGGUGAGUCCACCUGUCCAGGGAUCCUUUCCUUUCCCCUCCUUUCUUCCUCCCUUUUCUCUCCCCACUUUCCGCCCCGCCGGCUAGUCCCCCCAAAAACCCCUCAAGGAAUUGUACAUACGUGUGGAAUGAACAGGGACUGAUGGCAGGCGGCCUUGUACAGAGCGUGGGUCAAGCUGGUUUGACAGGGAUUCCGUGUGUGUAUGUGAGAGAAGAGCAGUCUUCCAGAUUCCAGCUCUCUCCCUUUAUCCCAAAGUCAUUGCAUAUUUAGCAUUUCCCAGAAAAGCUACCCCAUCUUAUCAUUGAUUGAAAUACUCCCUCCUGCACAAAAUGGCUCCCUUCGGCACUUCCUGUCACAUGCCAUCUGCUGUACCUUCCACUGCUUAGCGAGUGAAAUCUCCUGGUCACCCCCUGUUCUGAUCACACUAAUAAGCUAUGAGUUUUAAGACUUUAGACUUUAGACUUCUCCCUUUCUUUCCUGUGGGGUGGUUCUUUUGAUACUUGUAUCCCAGCAAAUGGCAUCAACGAGUUCGAAUCCUCUCCGCUAUCAUCUCUCCUACUUAGGGAUGAUUGCAUUUUGUUAAAUCCGUCCCAUUCUACGUUCUGCGGAAUGUCAGGUGUCAUUCUGUUAUCCGCUCAUGGGCGGAGUCAGAUUUUUUUCUAUGCGAAUUUCGUUGGCAUGCAAAUGCGCAGUUGCGCAACCCCACCAAGUUUUGAAAAAAGCACUGCAAGUCCGCAGACUCUGCGCAACUCAGAAAAAGCUGGUGUGCUGUGUGAUCCGCAGGUCGGGCUCACCAAAAUUGGAUCUCAUUUGAAUCGGUUGUAGAUUCCUUCCACAUCCUUGCUCUUGUUCCUUAGAUUUCUACUACAUGGAAUAAAACAGAAGGGGCAAAGAAAAACAAACUAGAAAGUGAAGUUGAGAGGCACCUCCCAAUGGAUUAUUUAAUCAAGGGCUGGGCAGAAUUUGACUCCCUGCAUACUUUUAGAAUUCUGGGAAUUCCACUUUCCAUUUUAAAAUAGGAUGUUGAUAGCUUUCAUAAUUGCAGCGAUGAUUUGGUACUCAAAGAAAUUAAGGAGCUUGCUUACCACAAACCACAGGAAGAAUCUUGUGGGUGUCACCCUCCUUUCCUUGGGCAAAUGUCUUGUAAUUAACCUGUGGAACUCACAGCCGCAAGGAGUUGAGUCCAGUGGAAUGAAUUCUUAAAUUUUUUUACGAACAUGAGAGAAUGGGAAAAGAGAGAGAUUGGCUUUAGUCCGAGUUCACUUGUUGUCCUGAAUUUGGGAUUCAGCACUAAUCUCUCUAGAUCUGAGUUCGACACUCCACCUACCGAGCUACGUUAGCGUCCCGGUCUUUAGGGAAAAGCAGAUGUAUGGAAGAGCAGCUCUGAAAUGCAAAGAAGGAUGGAACUUCAUACUCCAGAUGUCCCCACAUCUUUAGGGAUUCUUAAAAAUGGGAAGUUCAAAAGAUGGAUACGUCCUCUUGUGGUUUUCUCUGUAGCAGCUAGCUCUGAAUGGGAUUCAGGAAUGGAUGGACCAUUGCUAGGACAGAUUAUGGCAGCUCUCAGAUUCCUUGCGUUUCUCUGAUCUCACAUUGGUGCAUCUUGUCCAUCUUUAGCUCUGCUAGUUAAAACUAAUUGAUUAUCAGAAAUGGUGUGUGUAUGUUUGUGUGGUGUGUGUGUGUGUGUGUGUGUGUGUAUGGAUAAACACAACUUUCUUGGCAUAUUUUAAAUGAAGCAGUUUUUUUAAAAAGUUCUCCACACAUUCAGUGUGUCUCUGA